AUGGUGAUACAAAGACGCCAAGUCGGAAAUGUAAACUUCAACCGAAAUUGGACUGAUUAUAAAAACGGCUUCGGUGAUAUGACCAACGGAGAUUUUUGGCUUGGAUUACAAAAAUUGAAGGAAAUAUUAAAGAAAGCCUUGACCCCUGAUAAUGAUCAAACAUCUUCUGCUGGUGCUUCAAUGUUUAACAGUGGAUGGUGGUUUAAUCAUAAUUGUUCUGAUUGUAAUCCAAAUGGUCUCUUCACUCCAGGAACUGUCUCCCUAAACAGUAAAUGA